AUGACAAAGAUUGAAUACCCAAAUUUGAUGGAGGACUCUAUUGUUUAUAAUAUUCAAUAUGUUAUGGGAAAGGAUUAUGUGUAUUUAGUGGACAAAAAAGAUGGGAAUGUUGGAUCUUUUUCUCUCACUACAGGUCAAUUAUUAGUUAACAAUUAUUCAGAUCAUAGAGGAAUCAGAAAGUUUAUCGCUGGACCUCUUUCUUCUUGUCAUGUCGUGCUGACCUAUGACGGAACUAUUUUUGAGAAUGGAAAGGAGGUUGUUUUUUUUUCUACUGAUCCACAACCGAAUAUUUUGAGAGCUGCAUGUUGUGGAAGAGGAUCAAUUCUGGCUUCUUCUCAUGAUCUUUAUGCAAGAGGAGGCGAUAAUGUAUUCUUUGUGUUUUCAGAAAAGUUUGGAGACUACAAUCAAAAUGUUUCAUCAACACAGUUUGUGCAUAUUGCUAAAUUUGAACACGAAAUUAGAGAUAUCCAAUGUGGAUACUUUCAUACUGUGGUUCUUUUGCAGAAUAAUGAAUUAUUUGCAUGUGGCUACAAUUGUUUGAAUCAAGCCACUUGGGAUAAUUCCAGUGGUGAGAUUAAACAAUUUACCAAAAUUCAAUACUCAUUCGGUUAUAUUGAGAGAUUUGGAUGUUCCUCAAGAGGUACUUGGGUUGUUAGUGGUGAGUAUUUUGUUCUUCUUUUGCUAAUCUUUUUAAGGUGA